CGGUGGCCAGAGGGUGCAGCGAUUGGCGGCAGCGCCUCGGCCCGUCAGUUUAGUUACCGCACCACAUAAAGGCAUUGCGUUGUAGACACCGUUUAUAAACCCGCAAUAUUCUUACCGUUUGCUUCUACAGUCUCUCCGUUCGUUUUCCGGCCCCCUAAAUUCGGCAGACCUCCACGUUCGUCAGUUUCUCUCGUCGGUCAAAUUAACAAGCCGUCGUAACAAUCCGCAAACACUUCAUCGCCCCAACCGUCGUCGUCCUCGCCGUCCGCUGCGUCGUCGUGCUCAUCGAUCUCUCUCCGUGCACACGCCGUGUAUUCCUGCUCCUCUCCCGCCCACGUGCCAGUGCGAUCGAACCGACGAAAAAGGAACCUCGAAGCCAGACGAACAGCUUCGCGCACCGUCGCUGACAGGAGACGAGACAGUGGAAGGAACGACGGAAAGGAGACGAGAAGACUCGAGCGUGUGUGCGCGUGCUUGGCGCUCUCCCGCGAGCAGCGGGAAGAACAGUGAAAGAGGAAACGAAGAAUCGAAGGCGAGUCGACCGAUCGAGGGAGCGAAGAGCCAUUUCUCGGCGAAUGUCUCUUCCACGUGCGUCCUCGUUCCGUGGCGUCUUAUGAUUUCGUUGGCAACCCCGGCCCACCCUUCCUCGCUCCCUUUUUCUCGGCCCGCUCGUUACCGGAUCGUUCGGUGCCGAUCGACGCGCCCGCGGUCGCUCCUCGAACGAACCCCGCUCGCGUGAAACGAACACGACCCGAGGAAGAUGGACCGGGAAUAGACCGAGCGGGCAUCGCGUUGCAACCUUGAAUCGCAGGGACGAGUGGAAGGCACCGCUGUGCGCGAUAUCAACGUGAACGAGGCAGCUGGCGGAUCGUCGUUCGGAAGAUUCUUUCGGGGAGGAAGAGGAGGAAACGAGACGGGGGAUAGAACGAUUGGAAGAUUGAGCGAAGGAAACGGAAGAUGGAAUAUUGAGCAUAGAGGAUAGACAGGACGAAGAGGAAUAGAGUUCGGAAGAUAGAAAUUUUGGGAAGCGUGCAGGAUAGUGCAAGAAAAGGAUUAGAGUUCGGAAGAUAGAAAUUUUAGAAAGCGUACAGGAUAGUGCACGAAGGAAUAGAGUUCGGAAGAUAGAAAUUUUAGAAAGCAUACAGGAUAGUGCACGAAAGGGAAUACAAAGUUGGGAAGAUAGAAAAUUCAGGAGGCGUACAGGAUAGUGGACGAAGGAACACGAAGUUUGAAUAGAGAAUUAGAGGAUAGUGAAUAAAAGGAGUAGAAAAUUUGUAAGAUACAGGAGAAGGAAGAGCAGAGGAAUAUUGAGAAAUAGAGGAACAGAAAGGAUAAAGAGAAGGAACAGAAAAAUUGGAAGACAGAGAAAGAUAGCAGAUUGAGUGAGAGAGAGAGAGACUGGCACGGACAGACAGUCGGGCAGAGAGAGCAAGAGAGGAGAGAGAGAGGCCAGUGCCGACACCGGUGGGAGUGAAAGAGAGACGCACCGCGCGAAGGGUGUGUUCCGCGGAUUCGUUCCCUUCCGCACGGCCGUUAAGGGAAUCGAAGUGCACCGCGUGUUGAAAACGUGGAUCGUUCGUCGGUUCGUGUUGGUUCCGCCGAUCGGAGAGAUAGAAAGUGUCGUCGCCCCGACAUACCCCGGUUCUCGUCGAACGUUUCGCUCGGCCGGUGGUGUUGAGACGCGCCCCGUUCAACGGAACGAGAAGAUAAGAAGGAGAUCUCACGCGAUAGUUUGUUUCGAGAAUAAAUAAAAGAAAAGAAUAAAGAAACUCUCAACGAGAAAGAGAGGAUAAGGAUAUAAUAAACGGAAUAAAGUUUAGCGGAACGUAGAUGAAAGGGAUGACAUAAGAAAGAAAGCAGAGACUGUAUUUAAAUAUUCACGCCGUGAUAAGAUAGUAAAAAAAAUAAAAAAAACAGAUAGUCGAAUGAAAUAAAGAGAAAGCGUUGCUUAAACCGGUCGUCGUUUCGUUCUACGCCCAGAUAUCGGCAUCUCCUCCAACCACUGAUUUUCAUCGUUAACCGAUUUCGUACGUAGUUAGAGAGGUCCCGGUAGAAGAGUGCAAUGAUGUCGAACGGAAUGGACACGAUCGUGCAACAAAACGGUGGUUCCACCCUCGGACAGGCCCCGCAAGAGGAGUCCAAGACGAAUCUCAUUGUAAAUUACUUGCCCCAGAGCAUGACACAGGAUGAGAUCCGCUCGCUUUUCUCCAGUAUCGGCGAGGUGGAGAGCUGCAAGCUGAUCCGCGACAAACUCACCGGACAAAGUUUGGGUUACGGUUUCGUCAACUAUCACCGGCCUGAGGAUGCCGAGAAGGCUAUCAACACGCUCAAUGGUCUUCGCCUGCAGAAUAAAACGAUCAAGGUAUCGUACGCGAGACCGAGCAGCGAGGCGAUCAAGGGCGCGAACCUUUACGUGAGCGGCCUGCCGAAGAACAUGACGCAACAAGAGCUGGAGAACAUGUUCAGCUCGUACGGCAGGAUCAUCACGUCGCGGAUACUCUGCGACAACAUCACCGUACGACAGUUUGUGACCGGCGGCGGAGACAUUAUUCCCGGAUUGUCGAAGGGGGUCGGUUUCAUAAGGUUCGACCAGCGGAUCGAGGCCGAGAAGGCGAUCCAAGAGUUAAACGGUACCGUUCCGAAGGGCUCGUCCGACCCGAUCACCGUCAAGUUCGCCAACAAUCCGAGCAACAACAACAAGGCGAUACCGCCGUUGACCGCCUAUCUGGCACCGCAGGCGACCCGACGAUUCGGCGGCCCGAUCCACCAUCCAACCGGCCGCUUCAGGUACAUUCCACUGUCGCCACUAUCCAGCACUGGCAAGGCCAUGCUUGCCAUUAACAAAGGCUUACAGAGGUACAGCCCACUGGCAGGCGAUCUCCUGGCGAACUCGAUGCUGCAGGGUAACGCGGUGAACGGUUCCGGCUGGUGCAUCUUCGUGUACAACCUCGCGCCGGAGUCCGAGGAGAACGUGCUGUGGCAGCUGUUCGGCCCGUUCGGCGCUGUCCAGUCGGUCAAAGUGAUCCGGGACCUGCAGACGAACAAGUGCAAGGGUUUCGGUUUCGUGACGAUGACCAACUACGACGAGGCGGUGGUCGCGAUCCAGAGCCUGAACGGUUACACGCUCGGUAACCGGGUGCUCCAGGUCAGCUUCAAGACGAACAAGAGCAACAAGGCGUAGGACAAGCAAGAACAGCAAUACAACACCACCACUACCAAGCCAAAAGCCAAGCACCAACAACCGGACGAUAACCAACAGCAGCAGCAACAACAGCAGAACCAUCAACGAUCGGAGGACGUGAAGGAAGAAGAAGAGGAUCGACAACCGGAAAGUCAACAAGAGUCGUCGGCAGUGUCCGCGAGCGGCACUGCGGCGACGUCGACGAGUGCCAGCAACACGGCGACGGCUCUCGCCGCGCCCGGCGUGCCGAAGACGCCAGCUGGCGUGAUGGCGCUGGCCGUGGCCGCCGCGUAUGCUUCCAACAAGAAGAAGACCGACCAUCGCAGCAACUACCACUACCACAACCAACACCAAUACCUACACCAGUACAACCACCAUCAUCCGCAGCAACACCAGACCAACGCCCACCAUCUCCAAGUCGACACGGUGAUCAACAGCCUGGCGAACCGGUACAGGGCCGAAAUGAGGCACGCGGCUGGCAAGACCUACAACAACCUGGUGCACGCGCGCCGAUUCCUCGCCGGCUACGGGAUGGUGAUGAGGAGUCUGGCGGCUAACUCCUCCUCCUCCUCGUCCUCCACCCCCGGGAACGCUGCCGCGGCGACGGCGGCCAAGCAGACGCGUCGGGGGAACAAGCUGGAGAACGAUCGGCCGGACCCGUUGCGCUCCGAUUAGAUGGGUUCCGAAGAUUGGGUCUGAUCCGAUUAGCCUCGUCCGUUGGCGUCAGCCGACGUGUCUUCGACUGGAAGACAGGAUCUACAGGAUUCGGCCCGAUCGGACGAUCUCUCGUCGGUGUCGGGCCAACGUGUCUUCUGCUGGAAGGUAGAGGACCCAGAAGAUCGAACCUGUUCGGAUAAGCUCUGUCUUCGGUGUAGGCCAACGUGUCCUCCUGCGCUGGAAGAUGGAGGAUCUAGAGAAUUGGACCUGACCGGAUGAGCUGUCAUCGGUAUCGGCGGACCAACGUGUCUUCUUCUUCUUGUGUAUCUCGGAUAGAUGGAUCUGCUGAAAAGGGAGAGCGAGCGCGAGAGAGAGAGAGAGAGAGAGAGAGUGAAAGAUUGAGUGUGCGAGUAUGUCUCUGUUUGCGAUCGGAGAGAAGAGGAUGUACAGGAAGAAUGAGGUAGGUCACGGUGCAGGCGUCCGAUCGUCUUGAGGACCCUCGCGAGGACGCCGAAGAGGAGCGAGAAAGGGGAUCUUUCCAGUCUGGUUUCCGAUUUCAUCAUUUUUCUCCUUUCUCGCCGGCCCUCCUCGGAUCCUCUGGCCAGCGAUCCUCCGUCGGACGAUCGAACGCGUGAUCGUGGAGAGAGGCCAGUCCGAACGGAGACGAAGCGCGAGUGUCGGAACGGUGAACAAAUUUUUCAUCCAUUCCAGUUCUAUUUCCAUUCCAGUGGAAAGCAAAAUGCGAAGUCAGAAAUUUGUCCACGACCCGCUUCGAGACUCGUCUUUCAGUCUGGGCUGGGCCGAACGCGCGAGGUCCUUCGACGAUUGCUUCAGGGUAGGCUCGCGUGAUCGUCGCUCGAUGCCUCUCUCUUUCUCUCUUUCUCUCGCUGUCUUGCUCUCUGACUCUCUGACUCUCUCACUCUCUCUGGUUGCCUCUCCCUUUUUGUACAUACAUAUCCGAUGAUUUAUGUAUAUGCACGCGGGAAUCGAUGAAACUGCAGGGGAGAAACGACACGGGACGUCGAGGGACCUUGGAGGCGGAGGGAGAGAUAGGAUCUACGAGCGAGCGCGGCACGCGACCGGCUUCCGGUUCUUUGCCUCGCGAUCGAACUGUCCAACGGUUGGAAACAUGGCGGAGAGAGAGAGAGUAAGAGAAAGAGAGAGAGAGAGAGUGAGAGGAGAGUUGUUCAAGUCUCGAAACUGUGUUUUUAGCUAGCUUCAAGCUACUCGAUCCAGUUUUAAAUCAGAAACGACGAUCCCGAGAGAUCCUAACGUUAGAAACACCAAGGAAACAGUAGCCUUCGGUUCUUUAUCUCGCGAUCGAACUGUCCACUGGCUAGAAACACGGCGGAGACAGAGAGGAGAGCUGCUAGAGUCUCGAGGAAACUGUUUUCGGCUAGGUUCAAGCUACCCCGAGACCGAAACGAAACGAUGAUCGCUGCACAGAAGGGGUCCUGAUUUCAGAAAUACAGGAUCGCCGCGAAGGAGGACAACAGUCUCCGGUUCUUUGCCUUGCAAUCGAAUUGUCCGCCAGUUGAAAACAUGGCGGAGACAGAGAAAGAAUCGCUUAUACUAGAAACAUAGGAUUACUCCGGGAACAUCGCGAAGACAGGAAAAGUUGACCAAGUUGAGACGCGCGGACGGGGGAAAUUCGUGCGAUCCGAGCCCUGAAGGGACGAUCCUCUAAUCUCGGGCUCGAGCCGUGUCCGAUCCAGCUGCUUCGAGUCGCGAACAAUGCUCGUUGAAUUUGAAAAGAAACGAGGAACCCGCUUUCCGUUGAAUGGAAUAACGGUUCCCGGCCGCGUCUAGGGAAAAAUAUGUUCCACCUUCGGGACGAUUUUAAAAUGGAGAAUCACUAGAGGACACUAGCUGGGAGGCUCGAAGCUACCAACGGCGAAGGUGCCUCGCGUUUUCCCGAUCGAUUCGACUUAGAAAAGGACGAACGGAGCAAGCGAGAGAGAAUGACACGCGAGGCAGCGCACAAUCUCUGUGUACGCGUGCGUGUGUGUAUGCGUCUAUGUGUGUGUGUAUGUGUGUGUGCGAGUGUGUCGGAGGAAGAAAGGACGAAUGGGAAACAGAUGACGUAGAGAGAACAAACGGACCUGGGAUGAUCGAUGAUCGAUCCGGUCGAAGGAUACGAGGGACUGGUCAGGGCUGAAGCUGAACUACCCGCUGGCCGGUUUUACGAGUCGGGAGAACAGCUCGCGUCCGUGAGUAGAAACGCGUUCGUCCGAGCCGAACGAGCCACCCGUUACAUCGUACACUUUACUCCGCGGUUAUUUGCCUAACGGUUUGUCCUGCACACGUUCUAAUUGAACGCUACGUGAAGACGAAAUCGUUGCAAUGCGACGGGAAACAAGGUGGUUUUGGUUUUACGCUAGAACUACCGGGUGGGAAGGAAAAUUCCCAUUCUUCACUUCUUUCGCGAAUGUCGGACAUCUUUUCAAUAGCUUCUUUGCGAAAUUGUCGAGGAGACAAUAGAUAUGAAUGAAUAUUAAUAAGUACUCUAUUAUGGUUUCUAUAAGAACUUUUUAAAUGAUCGGUAGUUCUAGUGUCGCGUAGAUACCGAUGUACACGUCUGUUCCCGGUCGUUUUAACGGUCAAAUUAACCAUUACUAAUCAACAUCCUCAAUAAUCGACGGUAUUAAUAUUACCGUUUACCAAUUCGGAAACAGAAUUUUCCUUUGUUCGUCGUGUAUGAAUAAUCGAUCGCACGAUUUCGUCGAAUCUAGACGUCCAGUUAGAUCAUAAAGCUACCCGAUCUCGAACGCAGCGUCUCGAACGAUUCGAAAGCGAAUGAACGAUCAUCCUCGAGGAUUGAAAGGAAUCACCGGGAUAAACAGCGAUCGGACGAACGAUCGUUUCGCAGGGAAAUGACGAAACCAAAGCUGAACGACGGCGAUGGAAACCGUACGUAAGUCUCGAGCAUCGAGAUUCGCCGGAAAGACGAUUACACACGAUAUAGAAAAUUAUAUAUACAUAUAUAUAUAUGUAUAUAUAUUUAUAUUUACAUAUAGAUAUAUAUAUAUACAAACACACAUACACAUACGUAUACGUACAUAUACGUAUACGUAUCGUUCGCUAUUUAAGAUGACUAAUGUUAGAGGAUAAGGUGCAUAAUCGUGGCCCGUCGACGACGACGAGGCCAAUCGGGGCCCCGAGGGAUUACGUCGAACGAUCCGUGUCCCUGCUAGUCAAAAGGCUCUGUCGCGCGCGUGCAUUUCCAUCGACGAAACCGCGUGAAUCGCGUACAUCGUGGAACUCCCGUUUUCUUGCUGCUUAAUCAUUCUUCUCUCGAUUGUCUUCGCCCCGUAGCUUUCAACCGGAAAACACCGACACUCUCUCUCAACGUCGAACUUCCGGCUUCCGAGACACACACGGGGGACAAACGGAGACACUCACCGGCGAACACGAACGAACGCGGAGAACGCGGGACACUCGGAUCUCCGUCUGGAGGCUUUUCUUCGGCCGGUCGUGUCGGUUCUGCGUUCGACCGCGUUUCUCCCGGCACGCUCGGCGGCGGAGGGUUCGCGCGCUCGUCGGCGAGGAACGAGCCACACGGGGUUAUGUGAUAGAGA